AGAUGGAGUCUGGUGAUCAUCUCGGAAAUCUUUUCGAUGAUAUGGUAGAAGAGGAUAACGAUGAAGAUAGUUUUGAAGAACCUGCGUGUGAAGACAGUUUUGAUUCUCAAGAAGCUUCAUCGAAAGCUAACGAACCUCAAAACGACAGUUUCGAUGAGCCUAUUCAGAGCUCAGUAAGUAAACAAAGUGAUGAUGCAAACGGAGAAGAUGAAAUUAAUGAAGAAGUCAUACAAGAACAGAAGGAGCUGGAUUUAAAUGAAGAGGACUUCAAUCUUUUGACGAUUGAAGAAGUUCCGUUGGAUGUUCUGACAGCUCGUAUAAGAAGAGUGUUCACCGAAGUCACAUAUAGAGCAGAGCCUGCAGCGAUAGCACUUUUUGACGUCGCACACAAAAUAAUUUUCAAGUCAACUAUGUUAGAUUGCAAACGGAAUACUGUUAUUGAUUCGAUAAUUGAAGGGCUUAUAUCGAUUAUUGUUGAUGAACGAGAACGAGAUCAAGGUGCUGAGGAGGCCGAGCAUGUACUUAUGAUAUUCAUCGCAAAACUUGCAAUUAAAAACAAGUCAAUGAAGUGCAGUGAUCUUCUAUAUAAGCUGAUUCUUCUUGUCGAUCGUCUUUAUUUGCACGCUGAUUCUUUCGUUCGUUGUCGCAUUUAUCGACUCAUCGCGUGUCUUAUGGAAGAAGCGAAUCGGUAUGCUGAUGUUAUGCGGGAGCAUGGAGAUGACGCAUUCCUCUCUGAUGAAGAUCCUACAGAGAGUGAAGUUAUGAUUCCAAGCGGAGUGAAAAACCGAUGGAUGGGAAAAUUGGCGAAGAGUUUGUUGGACAAGUCGCCAGAAGUUAGAUGUAAAGCUGUAAUUGCUCUAUCACUGUGGGACCACGAUAUUGAAUGUAAAACCACAUGUUGUGAUGAAGUAACUGUGAAUGAUCUUUUGUGGAAGAGUGUUCAUGAUGUUGAUGAAAGUGUGCGUGUCAAUGCAGCUCGUCGAGUUCACAUUGCGAAUGAGAACGAUAUUGAUAAAUGCAUCGACUACGUCGAAACGAGCAAGGAUAAUCGUGUUAAACAAGCAAUAAUUGUGAGAUUAGCAUCUGAUGUUUCAUUGCUCUCGUUUUCUGAAAAACAAAGAUUCCGGCUAGUAAAUCUCUUAAACAACAGUGAUAGUGCUCGUGUACAGGAUGUUAUUCAUCAACUUCUCGUCGAAUCUUGGAUGAAGGUGGCUGGUGAUGAGAUUAUCUCUCCUUCUAUAUUUCCAUUCCCGGACUCAGAUAAUAAUAAUAUUCCUAAAGAAUUUCCAAGUAUCAUACUUGAAUAUCUCGAUCCUUUAGUUGAUCCCACUGCAGUUUACGUCUUUAUGAAGUUCGCCACUGUUCGUUUCAUCCAAAAAUCAACCGUUCAGCAAGCAUGCGGCUCUCUAGAUGUUGAGAAGUUUAUGAAGGAUCUGCUUAGUAUGACAAUUCCUGAUUGUGAAAGAGUUGGGCUGAUGCGUCGAACAACCUUUAGGCUGAUACCAAAAGACAAUAACGAUGGGAAUGAGGACAUAAGAAAGAUUUUUUCACGAAUAUUCAUUUCUCGGUGCUUUGUCGAUGUCAUUUUCAAUUUCGCUAAAGGACGCCUCGACGCGACACAUUUACGAAGCAGAGCACUCACAUUCUUCCUACCGGACGUCACCACUUUUGUCGAACAUCUUGAAAAAUUCUGCGAUGCUUAUUUUCAUCGAAACAUGUCAACCGAUUACACUUGCAAGGAUCUUGUUCUGUAUAAUUUGCUUCAUUUGAUGAAUGUGGCUACAAAGUAUGGAGAUUUGCAUGAUGACAAAAUGCUGUACAAACAUGCAUUGAAGAAAAUAUUGGGAAAUUCUUCUUUUGUUUUCUCAAGUGAAACUAUUUUAACUAUCGUUAUGAUAUGUUUUGAUCUUUGCAAAAUUGGAGACGACGUUAAACAACUGUGCGACUGGAUGUGUGAUACCGCAAAGCAAUUGAUGUUAUCUCACGAAGAAGUUCUUAAUUUGGAAGAAGCUAUGAAGAACGAUAAGGUUCUCGAGCAAAUGUAUCUUCGAAGUGCCACAAUGCUUCUUGCUACAUGUAAACAUGAAGAAGUCGAAUCACCGACUGCAUCAAUGUCGUCGCUGUUCAAGACUAUCAUUCCAGCUCUUUUAGGGAAUAAGAAUGAAGAACUUCAGCAACUUGGAUUGGAACUUAUCGGAUUCGCAACUUCGAUUGACUUUGAAAACUGCGAACCUUAUUUGAAGCUGACGACACUUUUAAUUCAAAGAGGCGAUGAAGUUUUGACGUCAACUGGUGUGAAUACAUUGAUAAAAGUUAUCAAAUCACAGGGAUUUCCAAAGACAGCCAAUGCAAUUUUCCAAGGCGAAGAACAAACAGAGGAUGAUUGUCAGGAUGCACUUGCAAAAGUAUUUGAAAAGGCUCUUGUUUCACUUCAAGGCAUGGCUCUCGUUCAAUCAGUUCAAGAUUGUUUGAGUAUGUUAUCCUAUGGACGAUACGCUUGGUCCAAACUCAUGUGUGCAAUUAUUAUGCUCGUCUUCCAGAAAUCCAACGAAUGUUUGCCUUUGGUUAAGAUAUUUGCAUCUUAUUGCAAAAAAUCUAUAAGAAGUGAUUUUAAUAAAAUGAAUCUUCUUCUUGGAUUCUGCAGGGCUGUGGGAAUUAUAUCCAAAACUGGCGAAGACGACUCCAAUAUCAAACUAUUAGAAAUGACGGAACUCGUAUGCGAGUGCAUCAGCAGUGUUCAUACUAUCGAUGGAGAUGAAGUAAUUCCCCAAAAGAAACGUAAAACAGACAACGAAGAGGAGCUGUAUCCGGAGAUUGUACUUGCGAAUAGAAUGGUCGGACGAGCAAAUUCACAUCCAUCUUCAUGGAUCAUUCGUCACGUGUUCACCGCGAUGGCCACAUCCUUACGGUUGGAGUGUGUUCCCAUGAAAAUUGUCGAUACACUGCAUGAACUUCUAGUAGAUACUUACACUGUUGUUCGCUUCAACUCUAAUAAAACUACUCAAAUCGCUUUCAAGCGAUUUUUGACACAUUGUGAGAAGGUGAUUACAUUACACGAACGGAUGAAUGCUCUGAAGUUGGGUGUCGAUUUCAAGAAAGUUAAAAAAGAAGUGAUUUGUGCCGAUGAAGAUCCAAAAUCAGUAUCGUCAUCUUCAUCAUUGGGAAGGAAAAGAGGACGAAAAAGAGAGAAUUCUGAAGAAGAAGAAAAAAUUGACGCUGAUGAUAGUUUUGAGUAUGUCCCGAAAUCUACACGAACACGAAUAAGACCAACAGUGAACGUCGAGGAGGAUCAGAAUAUCAAAACCGAGAUUGAAGACAGCGACGAUCUAGAAGAUUCAUUUGAGUUAUAGCAUGUAUAAUAAUUUUCAUUUUGUUGCCUUAAUCAUGUAAAAUAAGAUCUUGUUUAAUUUCAUAAAAUCCCUUUUUAUUCAAAUUUUAAUAACACAUAUUUCUGCAUUUGCAAAGUAUACCCUAAAUCUAUAAUUCCUGCUUUUCCCACGCUUGAUGUGUAAAUCCCAUAAUCCCAUCCAUUGUCGGGCGUUCUUCAUUCAUUCAGAGUUGUUGACUGACAUCAUCACAACGUAAUUCCAGACAUUCCU